CCAAAUCCUUGUUUUAGCCGUUUCUGUACCAUUCACUCGCGUUUGGAUUUGCUUUACCCAUAAUGCCCAUCGGGCUACCAGAUUUCCCAGAGAGUCUCUGGGUUUGAAAGCGAUUUGGUGGAUUGUUCUGCAGCCACACACACGGAGGAACUAGGCAUUUGGACCGUAAACGCGAUAUGCCUCCAAAGAAACCAGCGCCAGUAGCUAGUAAGAAAACGGAUCAAAAGAAGAAGGAGAAAAUUAUUGAGGAUAAGACUUUUGGUUUGAAGAACAAAAAGGGAGCCAAACAACAGAAAUUUAUCAAAAAUGUGGCACAGCAAACCCGCCAGACUGGUGCAGGUGAAGGAGAUAAGAACAAGAAGACAGAUAAGAAAAAGGAACUGUCAGAGUUAAAUGAACUCUUCAAACCAGUGGUUGCUGCACAGAAAGUCAGUAAAGGUGUCGACCCCAAGUCAGUGGUGUGUGCUUUCUUCAAACAAGGACAAUGCACUAAGGGAGACAAGUGCAAGUUUUCACAUGACCUGUCAUUGGAAAGGAAAUGUGAAAAGCGAAGUGUUUAUUUUGAUGGCAGAGAUGAAGAUCUUGAGAAAGAUACAAUGGACAAUUGGGAUGAAAAGAAGCUGGAAGAGGUUGUAAACAAGAAACACGGAGAGGCAGACAAAAAGAAAGCAAAAACUCAAAUUGUAUGCCGAUACUUUCUUGACGCUAUUGAAAAUAACAAAUAUGGCUGGUUUUGGGUGUGUCCCGGUGGAGGUGAUGUUUGCAUGUACCGCCAUGCCCUUCCAUCUGGAUUUGUGCUGAAGAAAGACAAAAAGAAGGAAGAGAAAGAAGAAGAAAUAAUAUCAAUGGAAGAACUCAUAGAGAAAGAGAGAUCUGCCUUGGGACCAACUGUUACCAGGGUUACCCUCGAAACAUUCUUGUCCUGGAAGAAAAGAAAGAGGGAAGACAAGAUAAGUAAAGCUGAGGUUGAAAUGGAGAAAAGAAGAGCUGACUUCACAGCAGGAAGAUCAUUUGGGGUCAGUGGUCGUGAAGUGUUUCAGUUCCGACCCGAGUUAGUGGAUGAUGAUGACGAAGAAGCUGAUGACUCUAAAUAUGUCCAGAACAAGGAUGAUAAUGAUGAAGAUGAGAUUGAAGAUUCUGUGCAAGUCAAUGAGAUUGAUCUAGCACGAUUUGUUCCGAAGGAAGUAGAGUAUGCUGGCAUCACAGUAGCUGGCACUGACAGAUUUACUGCGACAGAUGCCAAUAAGAUAAGUGGGGCAUCAGGAGGUGCUGAAGCAAAUGGUGAGCACAGUGAAGGGGAGACUCAGGAAAAUGAGGAGAUUGAAGCAGUUCCUGUUGAUGAGAAUCUUUUCACGGGGGAGGAUCUAGAUGAACUUGAAGAAGAACUAAACACACUGGAUCUGGAAGAAUAAUAUCACAACUGCACCCUGCAAUACUUCAUGGAAACACGAGGCCUGAACUAAAUGACAAUGUUUCACAUUAAAUAUCUUCAUGUUUGAAGUGUGCAGUUCUCUGCCCCAUUGCUCCUGUGAGGUACAGGAUAAACAGGUGUGUUAGAUACUGAGCACCUCCUGAGAUUCUAGUCUUUUUGGGCUGUACUGCACAUUAGAGCUAAGAAUUGUGGGUAUUUCAUAACAAUUAAUAAUGGCUUAUACCAUUAAAGGUCAAGUGUUGUCCCAUGACCAUCUUUAUCAGUUUAAAAAAAUCUGAAAUACGUGUUUAAGAAUUGAUUGUUUUAAUUCACAUAUUGAAAGAUUUGUCAUUUAAAGGGUACUGUUUAAGAAGAGUAAUACAUUUGGAUGAACUAAUCUGGGAACAAGAUACUUACUCAUUCUAUCAGAAACACCCUGUCAAAAUGCUUAUGAUUCUUUGUUUUGCCACAUUGAGUGCAAUUAUUAGAUGCUGAAGCCACUUCCUUAUGGAAGAAGUUCAAAAGUUGUUUGUUUUGACACUUAAGUGCCUUUAUUUUAUGUUGGCAAAAUAGGUUAAACUUACAUUAUCUAAGAUCUGUACUAAAAAUGUGAUAACUGUGAGGAUGCUGUGUUACAGAAUUUAAUAUAGAUCCAGCAAUGUUAUACUAAUGGUGCAGUUUUGCUAACAUGAAAUUGAUGCCUAAUUAUGGAAGCCAAAUAAUUAUUUAUGAUGGAUAAUUAGUAUUUCAGACAUUUUAUGAUCUAUAAAAAUUAAGUCAUUUGUAUACCUGUAUCAGGGAGAGAUCUGAAGCUACUUGCAUUGUCUAAGAGUAGAAUAUAGUUUUAGUACAAAAUAGCAGGUUUGGAGGGAAAUGUGUAUGAACAUAUGAAUCCUAAAAAGACUUAGUAAUCAAAGGAAACAUAGACAUACUUGCUCAGCUUUAAAUGAUCUUCUGUAACAGAUCCUGAAUACACCAAGUUAUUUUUAAAGCAGGUGUAACUGGGGCAGGUUUUUUUUUUUUUUUUUUUUUUUAAUCCGGCAUACUUUCUUUUCCCCGCUCUGUAUUAAAUUGUUUUAAAUUUCCCUUCCAUAUUUAUGCCGAGGUAUGUUGUAAAUAAAAAUGAUCGAUUUAAAGCAUUUUUGUUUUAAAAUAAAUAUCUCUGAUGGAACUUAAAAUCUGUGGAAAAGGGUACAACAGCAUCAUCAUAACUACACAUAAACCGUGGGGUUAAAUGUCCUGUAUUUCUUAUUUUAAUUAAAAUGGUUGGUGGUUAGUCAGCAUCAAUAAUUUGCUUUGUUGUCUAGCACUUUUAAAGAGUAAGUAGCGGGGAUCCGAAAAAUCCGAAAGCGUUAUAUACCCUGUAAUUUCUUUUCAUUAUUAACAUUGACAGCUUUUUACACUUACAACUGUAAAGACUGUUUAAAAGCUCUUUUCAAAAUGGCUGCUCCAGUGCAUUGGGGUUUGAGAUCUGACCUCUAAAUCACUGCAGGAAGAGCAAUAUAAAUAAAUAAAUAAAUAUAAAAGUGCUCUGGCUUUUCUGUUCCGUACCACACCAUGGAUCGUCAUUGCUGUGUUACCUGUUUGAUGUGGGCAAUAAUCCUUACACUAUCAUGCACUAGCGCAGACAUUUUUAAAGGGCUUUGAAACAGACUUUAAAGUUGUAAGUGUCAGGAUGUUAACAAUGAAAAGAAAAACGACAGAUACUUAUUUAAACAGUUGUAGAAACACAUGGGAACGUGCAACGCUAUAGUUUUCGGAACCCUGCUACUUACUCUUUAAAGGUACUGUAGAGUAAUGCUCUGAAAUAUACAUUGAAACAGAAGGAUCAAUUGGCGGCUGCUACAAAUUCAGUGGGGCUAAACAGCUGACUUUAACACAAGUGUGGUGUCAUAAAAGCUAACCUGUCCUUACAAAUGUGAUUUAUUUUUAAAGUAAAAAGUGAAUCUCACUAAUUAGUUUGUAAAGCUC